CCCUUUCACACGGAGAGAGAGAGAGAGAGAGCGCGAGAGGGAGAGGGAGAGGGAGACGCCAUUUGCAGCUCCCCGGAGCUUCGGAGUCUCCGCCUCCUGCAACUUCGAUACUCUCUCUCUCUCUCUGCGCGCUCGGGCAAGGCAGAGACCUAAUUCUCCACCUCCCUCCGCCUUCUCCUCGCCCGCCCCCGUUCCGCGCCCCCCCGGCCGAUCGAUCUCCUCCGCGGCGAAUCUCUGCUCCCGCCGGCGGCCGCCGCGAUCGCGCGCGCGCUAGGACAAUGUCCGUCCUCUCCAAUCUCAGCGCCUCCGGUCGCGCGGUCCGUCUCGCGGAGGCCAAGUCGGGCCGCUCCGACAUUCGAUGCCGCGGCGUCACCAGGAUCUCCACUCUCUACAAGGACGAUAGGUUUGAGAAGUGUCAGUUGGCCUCUAUUGCAAGGCGGACAGCUAAAUAUCCCAAUAUUUGCAUGGCUCUAGUGGAUGAGAGGCGUGCUCCUAGCAGAGACGUGGCCAAGCCUCCUGGAGUAUUGGCGUAUGAUCUUGUGCAAGGGGCAUUGGUUAGAUGGAGUUCCACUGUUGACAAGUCGCUACCGGAUCCUCCAACAGCUGUCCUUCUGCAUGGAAUUUUAGGUUGCAGGAAGAACUGGGGAAGCUUUGCUCGGCGAUUAGCCAAAGCAUUCCCGACAUGGCAGUUUCUCUUGGUUGACCUGCGAUGCCAUGGGGAUUCUGCAUCGAUGAAAAAGCGAGGCCCUCAUACGGUUUCCUCAACUGCCCUUGACGUGUUAAAGCUGGUCGCACAGCUUAGGCUAACACCCCGGGUUUUAAUUGGUCACAGUUUUGGAGGAAAAGUUGCUUUGAGCAUGGUUGAACAAGCUGCAAAACCUCUUGCACGACCAGUCAGAGUUUGGGUCCUAGAUGCUACUCCAGGAAAAGUUCGGCCUGGUGGAAACAAAGAGGACCAUCCAGCUGAGCUAAUUUCUUUCCUCAGCACACUGCCUAAGGAGGUUUCCUCGAAGCGUGAUGUAGUAGAAGCUCUUAUCCGAGAAGGAUUUUCUAUGGAUGUUGCUCAGUGGGUGGUAACCAACCUUCGACCAACGGAGUCCCCUGGUUCACCAACAAGCUUCUCCUGGGCCUUUGAUCUUGAGGGAAUUGCUGAAAUGUAUCAAUCAUAUGAAGAAAACAAUUUAUGGGAAAUAGUAGAAGAUGUUCCUGGAGGAGUGCAUGUGAACUUUUUGAAGGCAGAAAGAAGCUUGCACAGAUGGGCACUCGAAGACAUUCAGAGAAUUCGCGCCGCGGAGGAGCUAGCCGCAGAUGAAGGCGGAGCAGUCGAAAUGCAUGUCCUUGAAGACGCUGGCCACUGGGUACAUGCCGACAACCCCGAUGGCCUCUUCAAGAUCCUUUCAUCUUCUUUCCAGAUGCUGAAAUGAAGACCCCACCCGGUCCCCAUCAUUUUGCGGACUGCACAAUAUAGAGUUUUCUCUGACUACUAGUACGCCGCUCUGCUUAAAUUUUGUCCAGACCUCAUAAAAAUAUUCCCUCUGUAGCAUACAUUACACAUCUCUGUCUUCCCCCUUUUUCUCUAAAUGUUCUAUAUAUCCUUGCGUUUCUAGAGGAAAAAGCGUAAACUCGCGCCAUAGAUGUAAAAAUUCACUAUUCGUCAUUGAGUUUCUGAUGUUCAAUCAAAAUCUCGAUGCUCGAGAUGUGGUACUCGAAAUUCCGCAGAAGGGAUGUAAUUAAACACGGAAAUAGAAAUCCUCAGCUUAUAGGAUUUGUAGCAACUUUCUCCGCAAGCGGGGACCUAACUUUUUCUUGA